CUAACCGAAGGAUUACGGAAGUGUCACAGUCAAAAUAGGAAUACAGCAAGGCAACGAGGCAGCUCAUACAACCUAUGAGGGACCGAUAAAAACAACUCCCUGUCUUUCAUCGGUAAUUUCCAAUGUUACAAAUAAUAAAAUAUAAAACUCUUUCAGAAGAAAAAUGGCAGUGAAUGAAUUGGGAGUGCUGGUAUUGGAAUGUGCAUUCCCACUACACCCCUAUAUUUUUGUUGAGUUGGUUGCGCCGUUGUCUGGUUUGCUCAGUACUCUCUCUGCCCCUUGUCGAUCACAGUACUCAUCCGUGUACUUAUAGGCAGACGAACCUGUCCUGUCUGGAAGUGCUGACAUAUCCUAAAAAAAAAAACUCGGACAUUAAGCAAGGAUGAUGUGAAUUACAUGUUACACUUUCAAAUGAUUAACGAGCAACAGGUGGAGGACAUCAGCAUCGACGUUUUCUACAAGCCUCACUCUCUUGACGUUCACUGUGGCUAGUUUGAUUUACUUCGUAUUUUCCAGGUAACCCAAUGACAGUUGAGAGUAGACGGCUCAUUGGACCAGGAGGAUACAGAUGCUGACAACAACCUUCGAGUGGGUCUCCUGUUGGUUGUCUCCUUCCUCAUCAUCAGUGUCCUGGCCUUCCCCAAUGGUACUCACUCAGUCAUUGCCUUGUACUUGACAAUAGCUCAGCCCAGCACCUGGUAGAAAACGUGUGUCUGCAUGGGGUCCAUUCACCCGACCACAUCCUGCGAUUUGGCGCAUGUUAUUUGGUAUAGGGUGUUCUGUACUUCCUGUUCCUGGUCAUCCUCCUCUUCCUGAACUGGGCUCAGGUGAAUAGACUCAUGUACUGGGUGGACCCCAACCUACGCUAUGCUAACCGUGAGGCUGAUAUCAUGGAAUAUGCAGUGAACUGCCAUGUGAUAACCUGGGAGCGUAUCCUGAGCCACUUUGACAUCUUUGUGUUUGGGAAUUUUGCGGGCUGGGCCAUGAAGGCCCUGCUCAUCCGCAGCUACGGCGUCUGCUGGACCAUCAGCAUCACCAGGGAGCUCACCGAGCUGUUCUUCAUGCACCUGCUCCCUAAGUGCUGGUGGGACCAGGUGAUCCUGAACUUCCUGCUUUGUAAUGGAGGGGGCAUCUGGCUGGGCAUGACUGUGUGUCGCUUCCUGGAGAUGCACAUCUACCAAUUGGCCAGCAUCAAGCUUUUCGCACACUCAGCUGGUGCCGGAUCCUCCUCCUUGGAAUCAUCACAGCCCCUACUGUACGACAGUAUUAUGCGUAUCUGACAGACACACAGUGCAAAAGAGUGGGAACACAAUGUUGGAUGUUUGGGACCAUAGCCUUCCUGGAGGCCCUAGCGUGCAUCAAGUUUGGUCAGGAUGUGUUCUCCAAAACACAAGGCCGGUCUCUCUCGCUCUGUGUGUGUGUGUGCACGAACAUGUGUUUACCUUAAAAAUUAUCCCUGCUCCAAUUCUUAUAUCGCAAGUGUCCAUCACACUUCUGUGAAAUCAAACUGUCCACUUAGGAAGCAACACUGAUUGACAAUAAAUUUCACACGCUGUUGUGCAAAUGGAAUAGACAACA